AUGACGCCCCUCGGAAUCCUCGCCUCCUCCCCCCCCCUCCUCCCUACACCCCCCAUGGGCUUCAACAACUGGUCCCGGUUCAUGUGCGAUCUCAACGAAACGCUCUUCACCCAGACCGCCGACGCCAUGAGCUCCAACGGCCUCCUCGCCGCCGGCUACAACUGGAUCAACCUCGACGACUGCUGGAUGACGCAGGCCCGCGCGCCCGACGGCUCCCUGCAAUGGAACAGCACGCUCUUCCCGCACGGGAUCCCGUGGCUCGGCGAAUACGUCAAGGCGCGAGGCUUCCGGUUCGGCAUCUACGAAGACGCCGGCAAUCUGACGUGCGGCGGAUACCCGGGGUCACUGGGGCACGAGGCGUUGGACGCGCAGACCUUCGCAGACUGGGGCGUCGAGUACCUCAAGCUGGACGGCUGCAACGUGUUUCCCGCGGGGACCGACGGCCGCACCACGCUGCAGGAGGAGUACAAGCACCUCUACGGGCUCUGGCACGACGUGCUGUCCGGGAUGGACCCGCCGCUCGUUUUCUCGGAAUCGGCGCCGGCGUAUUUCGCGCACAACCCGACCCUCUCGGACUGGUACACCGUCAUGUCGUGGGUGCCGGUGUACGGGGACCUGGCGCGGCACUCGACGGAUAUCCUGGUGUAUGUGGGGAACGGCAGCGCGUGGGAUAGCGUGAUGGAGAACUACGAGUUCAAUACGCGGCUGGCGAGGUACCAGCGUCCUGGAUACUACAAUGAUCCGGAUUUUCUGAUCGCGGAUCAUCGCGGGUUGACGCUGGAUGAGAAACGGUCGCAGUUUGCGCUGUGGGCGUCGUUUGGUGCGCCGUUGAUUAUAAGCGCCUAUGUGCCGGAGUUGAAGGGCGAGGAGCUGGCGUAUUUGACGAAUCGAGGGAUGAUUGAGAUCGAUCAGGACGGGAUGGCGCAGCAGGCGACAUUGGCGAGUCGGGAUGGGGUGGUGGAUGUGUUGACGAGGAGUUUGGAGGGGGGAGAUCGCGUGGUGACGGUGUUGAAUCGGGGGGAUGGCGUGGUUUGUGCGAAGGUGCCGGUCAGCUGGUUGGGUUUGGAGAGAGACUGUGAGUAUGAUGGGAUUAGGGUAUGGGAUGGAGCAGAGGUAAGAGUGCAGGGGGCGGUCGAGGUGGAAUUGGCGGUGCACGCGACGGAAGUUUAUAGAUUGCGGCUGCCGGAGGACUGCAGAGAGGUCAUUCCGACGGGCAUUGUGUUUAACACGGCAUCGGGGAAGUGUCUGACUGGCAAUCAGCAUGGGAAGGUGAAGUUCGAAGCGUGCCGGGGAAGCGAGGCUCAGAUCUGGCAAGUUCAUGCGUCUGGACAAUUGCGGCCGCUUGCGCAGUUGGAGAGGUGCUUGAGUAGUAACGGGAGUGCCCUGUUGCUCGAGCCAUGCAGACAUGGAGAUCGUCAGAAAUGGUCAUAUGGAAUUUCGGGGAACCUUAAGAACGUGCAGACCGGAGAUUGCUUGACGCAGGGAACGGGAAUGGCGAAAUGUGGUGCUGAAAUGGACGGACAGGUCUUCGGGUUGCCGAGUGGCGUAGAGGUGAAGAACGGAGAAUAG